AUGACCGUCUUUAUCGCUUCCCUAUUUCUCCCCUACACAAUUGACUUCAGCACAACUGGCACGAAGCCUCGUCGUCGCAGGUCUUCGCCCAGUCAUGGAGCUGUCGACGGGUCCAACUCCGGCCCCAUUGUCGGUCGCCUACCUCGCCUCCGGUCUGGCAGUAUAGCGCUGACCCCGGGGGCGACAACUGAAGAUGAGAAAAUCUUCAGGGCUUACGCAUCACGGUUCGCCGGUGAGAUUUCUAUCGCCGAUGACCCCAAAGCACCUGGUCACAGUGAACCUCGUGCAGUGCCCUGGGGUCGCAGCAAUAAGUUCAACCAGCCCCGUUCCAAGGCAACUAUACACCCAGAGCCAUCUAUCCUAAAUCGACCUACGGCACGGCCGGAGGGGAGGGAUAGUUUGUCGGACGAUGCACCCGGUCGGCUAGUUACGGACCAGGUAGAGAGACCUCGUGCACUGCUUUCCGCCGUGGACUGGGCUGUCAAGGCCGCAGAGCAAGGUCAUGGCGGCCUGCAGAACGCCAUACAUGCUGCGGAAGAAGCGGGGGUUCUGCAAAGCAAGAUUUGGGUGGGUACGCUGGGCAUGCCGACCGACUCAUUAAUGGAGACGAUUCGAAAUGUCAUUGAUGAGACUCUCAAGGAUGACUACGACUCCUUGACGGUCUUUGUGAGUGACAGCGAGUUCGAAGGGCAUUAUGCGCAUUUCUGCCGUUCAGUCCUUUGGCCGGCGUUCCACUACCAGAUGCAAGAAACACCCCGGCAUACCGAUUACGAUGACUACUCGUGGAAGCAGUAUCUCAAAGUGAAUGAGGCGUUCGCCGAUGCAAUUGUCGGUCGCUGGAAACCCGGAGACCAGAUCUGGGUGCAUGACUACCAUCUCCUAUGCUUGCCUGCGCUACUGAGGGCCAAACUACCUCAUGUGGAGAUUGGAUUCUUCCUACACACGCCAUUCCCAUCAUCUGAAAUCUUCCGCUGCUUGAAUGCAAGGGAAGCCUUGUUGGACGGCCUUCUUGGUGCAGACUUGAUUGGGUUCCAAACUGAAGAAUACUGUAGCCAUUUUCUGCACUCUUGCAGUCGAAUCCGAGGACUGGAGGUCUCAGUCAAUGGUGUUCAGGUCAACAAUCGGUUUGUUCGUGUUAAGAAGUGUCCCUUGGGGAUCGACUACAAAUCACUCAACCUGCUCCGGCAAUCCGUGGAAGUCAAAGACUGGAUCACAAGCAUCACCAAUCGGUACAGAGGGAAGCACUUGAUUGUCGCUCGAGACCGACUGGACGCUCCUGGAGGAAUCAAGCAGAAGCUCCUGGCAUACGAGCUCUUCCUAAAAACAUAUCCCAAGUGGCAGGAAAAUGUCGUUCUGGUCCAAGUUGCCUCGUCAGCCUCUGAGAUUCCAGCGCUGGAAGCGCAGGUGUCCAAACUUGCAAUGCGCAUCAACUCGGUUUAUUCCACCCUCACUCAUCAACCUCUAGUCCUCCUACAGCAAGAUAUCAGUUACUCGCAGUUCCUUGCACUCCUCAGUGUGGCUGACAUUUUCAUGGCCACCAAUCUCCGCGAAGGCAUGAACCUCACAAGUCACGACUUUAUUCAUUGUCAAGACGGCGAGCUAGCUUCUCAGAAGCAUGGAUCCCUCAUCUUGAGUGAAUUCACCGGCAGCGCGUCCAUCUUCUAUGGACAUGAACUCCUCGUCAACCCAUGGGACUAUAAGCAAUGCGCCGACGCUAUCAACAAGGCACUGGAGAUGUCGCCCGAGCAGAAACAGCGCAACUGGCAGUAUCUCCUCGACCGUAAAUCGCCCUAUACUGCGCUGGCCUGGUAUUCAAAUCUGCAGUCCACCCUCACAGAAUCUCACAAGUUGCACCGGUCUCGUCAUACACAAGCCGUCUCCCCACUCCAAGUAGACACCCUCCUCACAUCCUACAAUGCAGCUCAAUCUCGCCUUUUCUUCCUCGAAGACGACGCCAUCCUCUCCCCACAUAACCCAAACACAGCCACUCUCUCCUCCGAAGCAAUUGAUAUCCUACAAAAAUUAGCCCUCGACCCGAAGAACACCAUCUACCUAACCAGCAACCACAGCCCCGAACAACUCGACAAUACAGCCAAAUCCCUUCCAGAUCAGAUUGGCCUCAUUGCCGAAAGCGGCUGCUUCGCCAAACUUCCCAACACAACCGAUUGGAAAGUCCUUUUCGACAUUGAUCGCAUCCGCAACUGGCGCGCCGGUAUCAGAAAGGUAAUCGAGUAUUUCCACGAACGCACCGAAGGCAGCACCAUCGAAGAAACCCAGUGCUCACUGACUUUCCACUAUGAGAACGCGAUCGAACAGGAACUAGCAGCCCACCAGGCAUCCGAACUAGCGGAUCAAAUCAACAGUUCGCGAGGCAGCGACGCUAUCCGCGUUGUUUGCGAUGCUGGUGCCGUCAGUGUGCAACCAGUCCAUGUAUCUAAAGCUGCUGCCGCCUCCAUGAUCCUAGAUCAGAGAUCUACACAACCCUUCGCGGACUUUGUAUUUGUGGCUGGUGGUGCGAGAGGUGACGAAGCUUUGUUCCGAUGGGCUAAUCGCUUGACGCUUCCCUCGUCGAGUUUGUCCGUUCCACGUACUAUCACAGUGACCACUUUAGCAACUGGUACGCGCGGUACUGAAGCAAGAGCUGUUUUGCCGGCUGGCUGGUCCCUUCCGGAUGUGUUACAGUCAUUGUCGCACCCUGAUCAGAUGACGGAUGGUGAGGAUGAGGGCUCUUAUGUUAUGGUUGAUGACUAG